AUGUCGAGAAGACCCUGACAAAGCUAAACAUUUUGAAACCCGUGGUCAUAGAAAUUAUAAAGUUAAACAAACAACUGGCUGAACGUGGAGAUGAAAGUGCAUUUUAUAUAAGUCACGUAUAAAGGAAGGGGUGGAGUGCGUUCGCAAGUGCAAAAGUGUUGGUUGGUAUAACAUUAAGAAGAAGUUCUGGUACAUCCAAAAACUGGAGGAACUGGAUCGGACUCUUGAGUUGUUGAUACCAUUUGCUUAUUCUAAAAGGGAUAUCAAGGAGAUUUUUAUUCGGACACGCAAGACAUCCGCAGAGACUCAGGAACAGCAAGGCACCUGUAUUGGGCAACCUUAUCGGGAUGCAAGUCUGAAGCAUGAUGUGGGCAAGGUGACUUCCAAAACUUCGCUUCAAUUUUGUAACACUCCAUAUCAGAAAAUAAAGGAUUAGAAAUUUGGUAUUUUAUUUGUUUUGCUUCCCACAUUUUCCAUUCUAAUCAAUCAGGAUGUCUGUGUGUGCGUAUUUUUUUUAUUUUUUUUAUUUUUUUUCUUUCAAAUUCUAAUCAAUCAGGAUAGACUGCUCAUAUUAGAGUAGCAGUCGGAUCAUUAUUAGAUGUGAUUAAAUAAUCCAAUGGCAAGGAUCAAAUCCCCCUUAACAAGCUAAAAACCACGCUACAAAGUUUGCGACCGAUGAGCAUGAUUCUAUCGAUGAGCAUGAUUCCAUGAAUGCACUAUGUGGGCUGGGCUGUUAAAUGUUCAAAGAACUCCCUAUUUCUUUUUCCGUCAGGUACUAGUUGGGCUGGAACAUGCAGUGCACAAGCAAUACCAACAGUAUAUAAAAAGGCCCAAGGUUUAUCUCUGGCCUGCUUCCACUACGACGGGCACGAAAGCAGGAAGAACUGUCCAAAUCAUAUUAAAUUUAGCUGGUUUCAAGAAUGUUAAGUCUAAGGAAUUUUUCGCUGAAAUUUGGACACACUUUGUUGGCUCAAAGAAUCGUCAUAACACGGUUAAGUUUGUUUUCAAGGCCCUUAAUGAGAUUGAAACGUCCAAGAAUGUUCUGUUGUUGAGAAGUAUCUGGUUUGACGGAGAUGUCUGUGAUUAAUUGUAGUCAUCUGUCUUUUUUUGGGAUUCUAAAGGAGGAUGUUUAAAUUCUCUUCAUCAUGAAAUGUGAAC